AUCCGGCUUUGUCACUAGGCUCUUCGCGUCUGACUCUGCCUCUACGCUCUUACGGCUGCGCUUCUCCUCUCGUCGACGCCACCCCUUCGCGAAUGAGACGUCAUUCGACCACCGACCUCAAGCACGUCAAGUCCGAUCGCACAGUCUCACCUACCUUUCGCUCAUCGACGUCAAGCUCACUCAAGGCUCUCCGUCGACACUCCGACCCUCCGUCAACGUCCACAAGUCUCUCACAAGACCUCUCCCGACUUUCCUACCUUGUGGGAAAGGCCUGUCGGCUGGUCGUUUGCCUUUUCGAUUCUCAAGUCGCGCCUUCGACCACGCGAUCUACUUUCGACAUCGAGACGAAUUACUGACGCUGUCUAGGCCUCGCUUCGCUUCGAUACCCGCAAGGCC